UUUCUGUUCUUUUCUCCCCCCCCUCCCAUCAUCACACCGCCCCAUCCCUCCCUCCCUCCCUUUGAUUGUGUCUCCCUCCUUCUCGGUCUGGUGUGGUGUGGUGGUGUGUGUCGCUCUCUCGCUCCUGUCUCUUGUCUUUUCUUUCUUGUCGGAGGCUUGUGGGAUAAUGGCGUGCGGGUUGUGGCUGUGAGGAUGAGUUCCUGCUUCGUGCCGAACGGGGCCAGCCUGGAAGAUUGCCAUUCCAACCUUUUCUGUCUGGCUGAUUUAACUGGGAUUAAAUGGAAACGAUACAUAUGGCAGGGCCCAAUGUCUGCUCCGAUUCUUUUCCCUGUAACCGAAGAAGAUCCCAUCUUAAGCAGUUACAGUCGUUGCCUGAAGGCCGAUGUCUUGAGUGUAUGGCGACGAGACCAAAGGCCUGGGCGCAGAGAACUAUGGAUCUUCUGGUGGGGUGAUGACCCCAAUUUUGCAGACUUAAUUCAUCAUGACCUAGCAGAUGAGGAAGACGGUGUAUGGGAAAACGGGCUCUCCUAUGAAUGCCGAACUCUGCUCUUCAAAGCAAUUCACAACCUGGUGGAAAGAUGCUUGAUGAACCGGAACUUUGUCCGUAUUGGGAAGUGGUUUGUGAAGCCUUAUGAGAAAGAUGAAAAACCUAUCAAUAAAAGUGAGCACUUGUCUUGCUCGUUCACCUUCUUCUUGCACGGGGACAGCAACGUUUGUACCAGCGUGGAAAUAAACCAGCAUCAACCUGUGUACUUCUUGAGUGAAGAACAUCUCACCCUCGCCCAGCAGUCCAACAGUCCUUUUCAAGUUAUUCUGAGUCCGUUUGGAUUAAAUGGUACACUCACGGGGCAGUCGUUCAAGCUGUCAGACUCUGCUACGAAGAAGCUGAUUGGCGAAUGGAAGCAGUUCUAUCCAAUCACGUCCAACUUGAAAGAGGGACUGGAAGAAAAGCAGGAAGAGAUGGAUUGGGAAGAUGACUCUCUAGCUGCUGUGGAGGUCCUUGUUGCUGGUGUGCGAAUGGUCUACCCAGCAUGCUUUGUUCUGGUUCCUCAGACAGACAUUCCUGUUCCUAGCACUACUGGUUCAAGCAACUGUUUGGGUGUCCAUCAAGUGCCUGUUUCCACAAGAGAUCCAGCUAUCUCCUCAGUUACUCUCACGCCACCGACCUCCCCAGAAGAAGUUCAGACAGUUGAUGCUCGUUCAGCUCAGAAGUGGGUCAAGCUGUCUUCGGUUUCCGAUGUGUUCAGUUGUGACAGCACUAAUCACCACGGGGGGAGGAUCCCUCGAAAGCUGGCCAAUCAGGUGGUUGACAGAGUUUGGCAAGAAUGCAAUAUGAACAGAGCACUGACCAAAAGGAAGUAUUCUGCUACAUCAAAUGGCUUAUGUGAAGAGGAGACAAUUGAGAAAAUGGGAUUUUGGGACUUCGUUGAAGCUGCACAGAGGGCCAAUUGCACAUGUUCCAGGCACAAAAGUCUCAAACCAAGACUCGCAGUUCAGCAGGGGCCGGUGCCUCCCGCCGGCCAGCAACCCCAGCCAGCGACAAAGCACAAGGCCAACGAGAAGCAAGAGAAAGGAGACAAACCCCAGAAGCGUCCCUUAACCCCAUUUCACCAUCGAGUGUCCAUCAGCGACGAGGUUAUCCUGGAGACCGACUCGGCCAAUCAGCGGCUGGUAAUCCCCACCACCGACAGCCAAGUGAGGUUUUCAAACCUCAGAACUAACGAGGUAGCAAAGACACCUCAGAUGCACACCACGGAAAUUGCGAGCUCCCCGCAGCCACCGCCCCUCAGUCCCCACCCAUGCGACGCGACGGAGGAGGGGGCAACCAAAACGCCUUCCACGCCCCAGAGCCAACAUUUCUAUCAAAUGUCGACUCCCGAUCCUUUGGUUCCUUCAAAAGCCAUGGAAGAUAGGAUAGAAGGCUUAUCCCAGAAUUUCCCCGCCACGUUUCCCGACGUCGUGGAGCCCACGAUGUACGUCGGGGCUGCAGUGAACUUGGAGGAAGAAGACGCAGAUUCCAUGUGGAAGUAUUACAAGGUUCCAAAGAAAAAAGACGUGGAUUUUUUGCCGCCACCGCUGCCGAGUGAAAAAUUUCGGGACGAGCCUCUGGGAUCUGCAGUAUCGGACAAUGUACCUUCAGCUACAGAAUUAAUGUUGCAAUAUAGAAAACCUCUCAAGGUCUCCGAUGAAUUGAUACAGCAGUACCAGAGCAAGAACCAAUACCUAGCAGCUAUAGUAGCUGACCAGGAGCUUGAAAUGGACCCAUAUGCAUUUGUUGAUGGAGAUGAAGAGUUCCCAUUUCCCGAUAAAAAGGACAGGCCAAACAAUGACCGAGAAAUUGGGAAAAAACAUAAGCCUGACGAUGGAACACCCAGUGUUGGAGAAGAUGCAAUGUCACUUUUCAGCCCUUCGGUCAAACAAGCAAUAGAUGCGCAGCGUAAUCCCCCUCACAAUCGCACGGCUUCAACUAGUUUGUUCCAUGAAAAUGACCUGGUUGUCUCCUAUACUGACCUUGACAAUCUCUUCAACUCUGAUGAAGAUGAGCUAACACCGGGAUCUAAAAGAAUAUUGAAUGGAACAGAUGACAAGUCUAGUUGCAAAGAAUCAAAAGCUGGAAACCUGGACCCAUUGUCAUGCAUAAGUACAGCAGAUCUUCAUAAAAUGUAUCCCACGCCACCAUCUUUGGAGCAACACAUUAUGGGAUUUUCUCCCAUGAAUAUGAACAAUAAGGAGUACGGCAGCAUGGACACCACACCCGGAGGAACGAUCCUAGAAGGAAACGGUGUUACUGGUGGCCUUCAGUUCAGGAUUGAAGUGGAUGAGGGAUUCUGUAGUCCAAAACCUAUGGAAAUAAAGGAUUAUUCCUAUGUUUAUAAGCCUGAGAACAGUCAAGCUUUCAUGGGAUGUUCCAUGUUCGCCCCACUGAAAACUCUCCCAAGCCACUGUCUCCCUGCCAUCAAAUUGCCAGAGGAGUGUGUUUAUCGACAGAGUUGGACUGUUGGCAAGUUGGAUUUGCUUCCGCCAGGACCCACAAUGCCAUUCAUUAAAGAGGGGGACGGGAGCACCGUUGAUCAAGAGUACGGCCCUGCCUACACUCCGCAGACACAUACCCCGUUUGGUAUGCCCCCCAGCAGCGCCCCGCCAAGCAACAGCGGCGCUGGGAUCCUUCCUUCCCCUUCCACCCCUCGCUUUCCAACUCCCCGGACUCCAAGGACGCCUCGGACUCCCCGCGGGGCGGGUGGGCCAGCAAGCGCACAAGGCUCCGUCAAGUACGAGAAUUCCGAUUUGUACUCGCCAGCCUCGACCCCGUCCACCUGCAGGCCCUUAAACUCGGUCGAGCCGGCGACGGUCCCGUCAAUUCCUGAGGCGCACAGCCUCUACGUCACCCUCAUUCUGUCCGAAUCGGUGAUGAAUCUUUUCAAAGACUGUAACUUUGACAGCUGUUGCAUUUGCGUUUGCAACAUGAACAUCAAAGGUGCUGACGUCGGAGUUUACAUUCCAGACCCCACCCAGGAAGCCCAGUACAGGUGUACGUGUGGAUUCAGCGCGGUCAUGAACCGGAAAUUUGGCAACAGCUCGGGAUUGUUCCUCGAGGAUGAGUUAGACAUCUUGGGCCGCAAUUCGGAAUGCAGCAAAGAAGCGGAGAAACGCUUCGAGGCCCUUCGCACUGCUUCCAUCGAGCAGAGUGGAAGCUUGAAAGAGUCGGACCGGCUUCCAGACGAGCUGAUACUUUUGCUGCAAGACCAGUGCACCAACUUGUUUUCGCCGUUUGGAGCAGCAGAUCAAGACCCCUUGCCCAAAGUUAGCGCCGCGGGCAAUCUGGUGCGGGCUGAGGAAAGAGACUGUUGCUACGACUGCUAUCUCGCAUUGGAACAUGGACGCCAGUUUAUGGACAACAUGUCCGGGGGGAAGGUUGACGAAGCGCUUGUGAAGAGUACUUGUUUGCAUCACUGGUCGAAACGAAAUGUUGUAGACGUGAGCAUGCAAUGUUCUCAGGACGUCCUUCGCAUGCUGCUCUCGCUCCAACCAGUUCUUCAGGAUGCCAUUCAGAAAAAGCGAACGGUUCGAUCUUGGGGUGUACAAGGGCCCCUCACGUGGCAACAGUUUCACAAAAUGGCUGGACGAGGCUCUUACGGAACCGAUGAGUCUCCUGAACCACUGCCCAUUCCAACCUUCUUGUUGGGGCAUGAUUAUGACUUCUUGGUGCUGUCGCCUUUUGCCUUACCAUAUUGGGAGAGGCUGAUGCUGGAGCCCUAUGGAUCUCAGAGGGACAUUGCCUACGUGGUGGUGUGUCCGGAGAACGAAGCCCUGCUGAACGGAGCGAAGAACUUCUUUCGAGACCUCACUGCAAUAUACGAGUCCUGCAAACUCGGCUUGCAUCGGCCCAUCUGUAAACUCUUGCCAGACGGGAUCAUGCGAGUGGGAUCCACUGCUUCAAACAAACUCUCCGAGAAGUCGGUGGCUGAGUGGUUCUCGCAGACAGCUCACGCCAACAAGGAAUCGUUUUCUAGACUCAAACUCUACGCUCAAGUCUGCAGAUACGACCUGGGUCCUUAUCUUGCUACACAGCCAUUGGACAAUUCCUUGCUUUCCCAGUCCAACCUCGCUCCUCCCACCAGCCAUCCUGCUUCCACCCAGCCUCAGGUUGCAGGCAGCUGCACUCCAUCCUCCACCGCCAGUAACGCUGCUGUCCCGAUGAAUUCGAGCAGUGCCAUCACCUCCGCUACCACCACUGCCAGCUCCACCUUGACCACAACCGCUGCUUCAUCCUCUUCUUCCAGCCUGGGUAGCACGAUGCCGGCCAACAAGCCCUCUUCGUUUCCACCUUUUGGCAGCAUGAACAACGCAGCUCCUUCCUCCCUUUCCACGCAGACCACGGCUGUCCAGAAUGGGCAGGCAGGGAUUCAGCACCCGCAGCAAACAGCAGGGAUAACCGGGGAAGUCUUGCCUGCCCCGACGCAGCCGCAUCCGGAGGUUUCCGAAAGCACUAUGGAACGGGACAGAGUCGGAAUUCCCACCGAUGGUGAUUCCCAUGCGGUCACCUACCCGCCUGCCAUUGUUGUUUACAUUGUGGAUCCUUUCACGUAUGAAAAGAAAGAAGAGAACAGCUCCUCAAAUGUCUGGACUCUUGGUCUUCUCCGCUGCUUUCUAGAAAUGAUCCAAAACCUUCCUCCUCAUCUUAGAAACAUCGUGGCUGUUCAGCUUGUUCCUUGUCAGUAUCUGCUGCAACCCGUCAAGAACGAAGACAGACAGAUUUACACCCAGCACUUAAAAUCCCUGGCAUUUUCCGCCUUUACCCAGUGCCGAAGACCUCUCCCAACGUCAACCAAUGUCAAAACAUUAACAGGGUUCGGCCCGGGCUUAGCGGUGGAAAUGGCACUCAAAAGUCCUGAUAGACCUGAGUGUAUUAAACUCUACGCUCCUCCUUUCAUCCUGGCUCCUGUCAAAGAUAAACAGACUGAGCUGGGGGAAACAUUUGGCGAGGCUGGGCAAAAAUACAACGUGCUUUUUGUGGGCUACUGUCUUUCCCAUGAUCAAAGGUGGCUCCUUGCAUCCUGCACAGAUCUCUACGGAGAACUUCUGGAAACCUGCAUCAUAAACAUUGACGUACCAAACAGGGCUCGUAGGAAAAAAGGAUCUGCUCGCAGACUCGGUCUUCAGAAACUCUGGGAGUGGUGUUUGGGUCUUGUGCAGAUGAGUUCUGUGCCCUGGAGAGUUGUAAUAGGACGGCUUGGAAGAAUCGGCCACGGGGAGCUGAAAGAUUGGAGCUGUUUAUUGAGUCGCCGGAACCUGCAGUCUCUUAGCAAGAGGCUCAAAGAUAUGUGCAGGAUGUGUGGGAUUUCUGCUGCUGAUUCCCCCAGCAUCCUCAGUGCUUGCUUAGUGGCUAUGGAACCUCAAGGAUCUUUCGUGAUCAUGCCAGACUCCGUAUCCACUGGUUCAGUGUUUGGACGUAGCACCACCUUAAACAUGCAGACCUCCCAGCUCAAUACCCCGCAGGACACUUCGUGCACUCAUAUACUCGUGUUCCCCACCUCUGCGUCCGUGCAGCUGGCACCAUCCACCUACACCACUGAAACUGGUUUGGAACUGGCCUUUAAUACGAACAAUGAUGGAGCAGAUGGAAUGGGAAUCUUUGAUUUGCUGGACACUGGAGAUGACCUGGACCCUGAUAUCAUAAACAUCCUUCCUGCAUCCCCAACAGGGUCCCCUGUUCACUCACCAGGUUCUCACUUCCCCCACGGAGGUGAUAUGGGCAAGGGUCAAGGUACCGACCGGCUGCUCUCCACCGAAUCCCACGAUGAAGUCCCCAACAUUCUUCAGCAGCCGUUGGCCCUCGGCUACUUCGUCUCCACUGCUAAAGCAGGUCCGUUGCCUGACUGGUUUUGGUCGGCAUGUCCUCAAGCACAAAAUCAGUGUCCUCUGUUUCUUAAGGCUUCUUUGCACCUCCACGUGCCUUCAGUGCAAUCGGACGAGCUACUUCACAGUAAACACUCCCACCCUCUUGACUCGAAUCAAACUUCCGAUGUCCUCAGGUUUGUGUUGGAACAGUACAAUGCACUCUCGUGGCUCACCUGUGAUCCUGCGACCCAGGACCGGCGGUCGUGUCUCCCAAUUCACUUUGUGGUGCUGAAUCAGUUGUAUAACUUUAUCAUGAAUAUGCUGUGAUCUUUAUCCAAAACCGACUUUGCGAGAUGGAAGAACAGACACAACAACCGAAAAAGGGAAAACAGGAUUCCACUGCAGGACUCAAAAGUUAAUUCUUCUCUGUAACGUCAUUUUUUUGUGAUGGAGGGCAGAUGGAAGUGGGGGAAGCUGUUAAUCAUCCUUCAUUGUUACCAAGGAUUGUGACUUUCGGUGGGAGGUGCAUAACCUGGUUGUUUGUUCCCCCCUCUCUCUCUCUCUCUUUUUUUUUGGGUUGGUGUAUUGCGUAUAUCUGACUGGCCGAAAUGGUGAACCGGUCAGUCGACAUGUAUUAUAACGCAUCUUUUGAGUAGCCAAGUAUCCAUUCUCCUUCAGCCCAUCAACCUGUCACAGUAUUUGUGAAGAGUUUAUGAGCCAUAGGCCCCUGCCAUGUUAAUAAAUAUUUUAAAAAAAAAGAAUGAGCAUGGAGACCAUAAAAAUGAUGAAUGAGGGAGAAAUGACAAAAAAAAAAUUUAUGGAACGUUUUCGGAACAUUGCAAUGUUCUUGUAUUGGAUUAUAGUAUCUAGUAUUCAAAAAAAAAAUGCCUGCAUCUCUUAUUUAUUGUAAGUUUUUAAAUGUAUAAAUUGUCUUAUAUUUCUUAACCUCUUUUAUAAAAAAAAAAUUUCCUAGAAGGUUUAUACUGCCUUCUUGCUUUAAAGCAAUUGGUCUAAAAUUAUAUCUGUAAUCGUCUUAAUUGAAAGUUGCGGUAGAUUGCUUUUAGAGUGUUAUUUUUUUGUAAGCGGGUGGGGAGGGCUGGGGAACCGCAAAAAUUUGUAUUUGGUCUUGAUGUACAGUUUAAUGGGGAAUAUAGGAAGGUGGGGAGGGAUAGAAAUGUCCAUACCUUUGUGUGUGGGAGAUUUACAGCUAAGCUGUAGUUGCAGAUUAUACGUGUACAGUAAUGAAGUUCACUGUGUUUAUAUAAAAUUGAAGAAAAAAAUAAAGGUACCAGGUCUUACAGCAAUUUUAUAUCACACAUUUGCAGAGUUAACAUAAUGGCAAUAUAUUAAAAAAUAAAAGUGAUAUUGUUAGGUGGUUUAACUUGUAGUGAGAAUUUAAAGAAGAAGAUAAUAAUAAAUUGUUUUAUUUUAUUUUAUUUUAUUUUAUUGGUAUUUCUGUUUGAGGGCCGAGACUAACUUUGGCAGAUUCCCUUCCCUGUUUCUCGGGAGGAAGGAGGAUGUGCUUUAACUACAAGGGCCUCUGAUGUUUUUUUUCCCUGUGUGCAUUUUAGCCAAGACAGAAUCUGUGUCAUCUGAUGAAAUUGCGACACUUUUUUUCUAAAACAAAGAAAUCCCUUGCCCUCAAUAAACUGUGUCACUUUCAUUUUCAA